AUGUCGACGUCGAAUCAACUGUUAGAUGACCUCCCACCUCACUACACUGACUUUUCACAACUUCCACCGACGUUUCGUGUAGGAAGCGAGAAUGUCUCGCCCCUUGUCACCAUAACUGAGGCCCAGGCUCAUCUUCGCCUUCUCGCUGCCUUUGCAAAGCUGAAGAAAGAUGUCCGCGAUGCGCAUAUACCGUCCAAGGGAUUCUCCGAGGACCAAGAUCGUCUCUAUCCUCAAGAUCCAGACCGUGCUUGGGUCGUGUUUGUCAACCGUGCCGUCUUUCGCUUUGACAAGUUUAUGAGUGGGAAAUGGACCGCUGAUUUUCCUCAAUGGAGCGAGGAAGCCAUACCGCCCCUUGAUGUGGUGAUGGUUUGGCAUACGUAUUUGCUGAAUCCCCUCGUGUACUAUGAGGAUAGCGCCCGGCGUACGACCCCAUUUGCUCGCAGACUGGCUGCUAUGGAGUCAAUGCCGCUAACUCUCAUCGCAUCGCUCGUCGACCCAACGACCCUGGACCCCGUAUUGCCGUCCUCUCAGCGGGAAGCCUUUUUCGAAACGACCGCAGAACUCCCAUUUAUGUACAAUAUCAAGACGACUUUUGACGAUGUGCUCACUCUCACCUGUCCGUGCUGCAACACUGUCAAUCCAACUGUUCUGUGGAUCACACCCACGGGGGAAACCCCCGGCAAAGGACAUGGAUUUGCCGAGCCAGAGUUCCAGCACGAGUGCGACUGGUGCAAGCGCAAAUUCACACGAUCGAUGAUGGGCGUUCGCAAGUUUUGCGAAGAGUUUACCAGGAGGAGGGCACAGCGAAUGGUCUUCUUUGCCGAAACUCUUCUCCAGCCGCUCACUGGCAAACCCGACGAAAUGCUCGGCGAGAUGCUGAUGCUAAGAAUGGUCCGGAGAAUCAACGCCGUCAAUAAACUGAAAGGACCAUGUCCGCAAGAUGAAAUCACGCAGCAAUCCAUCAAUCUGGCAAAAUCUCUAGAUUGGAGCUCGACCGAGCUUCUGGUGCAGAUCCACCAAGGCCUACGACCUAGGCAGACCUAUCGCGUCUACGAAGAGCCUCUUCCACGAGUAAAGCGGCUAGUGACAGCGUACAGUCUACCUGGCUACGCCUCGCUAGAUCUCGUCUCCGCUGUCCUCCGCCAAGAGUCCUUUAUCACUAAAUUGCAAGAGCUUGGAUGGUUGGAAGUGGAUCGAUUUAAGACGGCUGCCGAGCAAACAACGCUUCUUCGAGCCAUUGCUCGAUACCACGCAUUCCUAGACCUUAUGGCUUCUAAAUCUGACACGUUCAGUCUUCUUGAUAUCGAUUUGGCGUGGCAUACUCACCAAUUGUCUGCAACUGCAUAUCGCGCAGAUACGCUACGACUUGUCAAGCGCAUACCAAAUCACGACGACGCGAUUGAGUCGAACAAUCUACACGCCGCAUAUGACAAUACAGCAGCAGCGUGGAAAGCACGGUUCGGCGUGGCUUAUAGCGUCUGCGGAUGUAUGCCGGAUCUUCCAACUGCGUCGAAAACCAAAGCAACUCAAGCAGAUAGCAAAUCGAGUGGAGGACAAAUUGAGAAGCCAAGCAAGUCGGGAAUACUCAAACUAUUCAAGAGCAAAGGAAAAGCGGUUGCAACAGCUAGCAGCCCUAGGACGAGCACCGUAUCGAAUGGCUCUACUCUUAACCCAGAUCUGGCGAAAGACCUCGUCUCGCUCGACAUGGACCAAGCGGACUCGUCUCACCCAUCCGAACACAACCUGCGCCUCUUGGCCCCAGAUGGGAUACGUAUCGACCGAGAUCUCGUUUCACGGGAGCUCGCUUCCAAGGAGCGUAUGGCCCUCAUUAAGAAGGAUCUCGAGCGUGCAGAAUCACGUGUGUCAAAUGAGAUUGUCACAAAGGAGGAAAAGGAGAGCGUCGAUGACUGGCGAAAACUGCAGGCAGAGCGGAAAGAGUUGAGGACGGAGCAUAAAGAGGCGUUUACGAUUCGCCAAGGUGCGAAUGGGGCCUACUUCCCGUAUUGGGGCGUUUCUGUCGAGCCUUCUCCGGGUACAAGGAUGUUCCCGGAGGAUGCGCUUCCGGAUGUGCUGCCUGCGGUUCGGCUGAAGGUCGUUUCAUAG